AUGGCAUCAUCAGGAAUCACGCUCUUUGCACUUGCUGUGCUCGUGUCUCUAAUCUGUGUUAUCCAGGUAGAGACAGCUCCAGUAGUGGACACUUGGGCAUCAGGACUCCUACACCGUGCCAAACGUUCGCUUCUUUGGCGCUGGAACACGUUGAAGGCAGUUGGUGUAACAUGCAGAAAUGAUUACGAAUGUGCCACAAAUUACUGCAGGGGAAACAUCUGCACAUUCCAGCACAAAUCCUCUUCCUCCUAACAAGAAUGAUUUGAGAUUCUC